UCGGAUUUGUUCUGCACAGAUCCCGUCUUGCGAUUGGUAUACUCAACACAAACAUCUGACUCAGCCAAAGAAAGAAUCGAAUCGCUUUAAUUGUCUCUAGAAUACGAAACAUCCACGCUGAUGGCGAUUCCAGGAUGGAAAGCUGUGCUUCUCUUGUUUGCCGUGGUAGUGCUGAUAUUGAACGAGGUAUUGUGGCAAUGGUUGUGGUGGCGGCUAGACCAUAUCGCAGGAACUAAUGACACGUGUUCACCAGGAAAUUACAAGUUGAUCGGCAAUGAUAGUACCAUCAUGAAAUGUCAGCCCUGCCAUCCCUGUGGUACCGGCAUGAAGCUUACUCCGCCAUGUGGCAGAACAGUGACUCUCGAUACCAUUGUGAUGUGUGUGCCAAUUGAAAUUCACGCCACUAAGAGGAUACCAAGGAAAACUCAUUUGCCUACGGAGGGGAUCAAACUUACAAACCUUUCAAAUUCCCUUCCGUAUACGGUUAAGCGUUGGGAGAGGAAACGACGACCUAAACUGUUGAUACAGCAAUCGAAAAGGCCAAAACACUUCACAACAUCAUACACAGAAGAGUUGCAUGGAAAAACAUCUAACGCCACCUGGGGAUCUCAGAUUAUAAACAUUACUUAUGUGCUGAGUGGUUUUCCGUGGGUCGAAUGUGUGGCGGUUGUUGUGCUUGUCAUAAUUUCCAUAUUGCUUGGAUUUGUGGUGUGGCGUCUGAAUAGUGUCAGACACAUUAUUUGGAAUAAGGAUUGCCGAGACUAUCAGAGAUUAAAGAGCGCAGAGUCAAUUGAAGAAAUGUCGUACUCCUCUGACGAUGCUGGUCACUUAAACGUAAAGAAUUCAACCGACCUGUCUACCUCUCCAGAUGAUCUUAAAGGUCUCAUAUUGUCCGAGCUACCUCCAGAUCUUGAAGUCUUACUGGUAGAGAAACUGGACGUGCGACGCAAAGGUGAACAUCGCUAUGGUUGGCAAAAAGUGGGUGCUGCGUUUGAGAUCUGCAGAGAUGAACUCCGUCACCUAAAGAUUGAAUACAAAAGAGAAAACGGAAGUCCAACCAGCAAGCUGUUAUUGAAACUUGGAACUUCUAAAUGUGCGACAAUAUCCGACCUCAUCAAUGUACUGAAGAGUCAUAAAGUAAACCGCCCCGAUGUCGCGUCUCGCGUCAUUCAAUUCAUUCAAGCAGUCAGUAAUUCCCAGCAUGCAUAAUAACGAUUUUUUUUAUUUGCGCGGGUAAGAUUUUGGCCUUUUAACCCCGCUGCCUGUUGCUGUCCAGAAAACAGUUUUAAGGAGUACAAUUCUGUUUAAGGAUUAAACAGGGUGUAAAUUUUUUUUUUCAUAGAAGCUGCUAAACGGAUGUUUGUCAAAUCAAAAAAUAGCACAUUCAAAAUGCAAUUUGACAAUUAUUCAAAUCCUAUGGAAAUUCAUUCUUUUAGUUCUCUGUUUCUGAUUUGAUGAGGUAUAGGGAUCUAGGACAGUUCGCCACAAAACAACCUACCGCCUCAUCUGACUGUAAACAUUUACGA